CCUUUUACUUCGAUGUUCAUAUGUUAGACUCGAAAAAUCCCCCAGCAGCUUGAAGAACAACUUCAUUGAUCAUCAGAAAUUUAUACAUACGCUUCAAAUGUCAAGGAUUAAUAUAAACAAUCUCAUUUCCAAAAUCCAUCACUGCAAUAUCUAUACAUACACUUCAAGAUUUCAUCAUCAUGUACUCUCACAAUCUAUAUCUAUAGCUUCAUAUAUACCUCUAUAUAGUAUCUAUUUCAAUGCACCCAUCAUCAAUACGUCCCACAAGUUAUUAAUCUUUAAACCCCUAUUCACCCACGAUCCAUUUGCACAAAAUUUGACAUCAAUUAGCUCUAAAACUCUUAUGAUUUUCAGUCAGGCAUUUCAUCAAACAUCUGGUGGGCAUGUUUCAGAUAUGAGUGACUAUGAUGAAAAAGAUUGUCACUUGAAUUAUAAAAGUGAUACAUUAGAUAAAAAGAAUACUGGGGUUUAUCCAAUUUCCUGCAAAGGCGAGAUCUUGUAUAAUAUUGUUAUAGAUUGUAAGCCUAAUAACCCCGAAAAUAGUAACAUGGAGGUAUCUUUAAACGAAACGGGUGUUGAAUUGACUACACCGUUGGUUCUCGAGGUUUUGGGUAGUCUUAGAUAUCAGGAGAAAUCGGCUUUUCGUUUUUUUACAUGGGCUGGGAAUCAAGAAAACUAUAGUCAUGAGCCCGAGACGUAUAACGAGAUGAUUGAUAUACUAUCAAAUACUAAAUAUAAAGCUAAGCAGUAUCGUAUUGUGUGUGAUCUGUUGGAUUACAUGAAGAGAAAUGACAAGAGAUCCGUGCCCGUUGAAGCUUUGUUAAAGAUUUUAAGACAGUAUGCAGAUAAGCAUUUGAGUCAUCUUCAUAAGUUUGCGAAGAAGAAAAAGGUUAAACUGAAAAAGAUGCAGCCUGAGAUCGAUGCUUUUAAUGUGUUAUUAGAAGCUUGUUGCAAGUGUUGUUUGGUUGAAGAGGCUGAAACUAUGUUUAUGAAGAUAAAGAAUAAAGUCAAGCCCAAUGCCAGCACGUAUAACAUCUUGUUUUUUGGUUGGUGUAGAGUUAGAAACCCGAGUAGGAGUAUGCAAAUUCUUGAUGAAAUGAUUGAAAUGGGACAUACUCCGGAAAACUUUACAUAUAAUACUGCAAUAGAUACAUUUUGUAAAUCUGGGAUGUUAUCAGAAGCUGCUGAGCUUUUGGAAUUUAUGAAAUCAAAGGGUACACUCAUGUCUGCACCAACAGCUAAAACAUAUGCUAUCAUGAUCAUUGCAUAUGCACGUAAUGAUAAAAUGGAUGACUGUUUUAAGCUUGUUGAUGAUAUGUUGUCUAGUGGUUGCCUUCCUGAUGUUUCAACAUAUAGAGAAAUUAUUGAAGGGAUGUGUUCGGUUGGGAAAACCAAGGCUGCUUAUAAGUUCUUGGAAGAUAUGGGGAGUAAAGGAUACCCACCUGAUAUCGUUACAUAUAACUGUUUUCUUAAGGUUCUUUGUGAUCAUAAAAAUAGCGAAGAAGCACUUAGACUUUACAAGAAGAUGAAUGACGUGGGUUGUAAGCCGAGUGUCCAAACUUUUAACAUCUUAGUGAUGAUGUUUUUUAAACUGGGUGAACCAAAUGAGGCUUUUAAGAUUUGGCGCGAAAUGGAUUCAAUGAGAUGCGUUCGUGACACUGAUUCAUAUUGUCUAAUGAUUGAAGGGCUUUUCGGGUGUGAAAGAACAGAGGAUGCUUGUGCUCUUUUGGAAGAAGUCCUGAAUAAAGGUAUGAAAUUGCCUUAUCAAAAGUUUGAUGCUUUCUUGAUGCAACUCUCGAGCAUUGGUGAUCUACGUGCUAUUCAUAGAUUAUCUGAACAUAUGAGGAAGUUUUAUAAUCCUGUCAUGGCCCGUAGAUUUGCAUUAAACCAGAAAAGGAAGAGUGUUAGUCUAAGAGGGAAAUGAUUAAUUUUGUGGUUUCAACCAAAAAGUUUGUAAAUUGUUUUUCUUGUUGAGUUGGUUGAUACUGGGUUACAUUAUUUAUACCGGCUAGUUUUCAAGUUCCAAUGUUGUUUGUAGCUUAUAUGGAAAUCAAUAAUGUUUACGAUAUUAAUGAUGCA